UCAAUUCUCAGGAAGUCAAACUCAGAUAGGUGUGUCAUUGAGAGGUGAAAUGGCGCAGAAAGGAGUUCAGCUGAACAGGGAAACCUUCUCUUGUUCCAUCUGUCUGGAUCUACUGAACGAUCCAGUGACUAUUCCCUGUGGACACAGCUACUGCAUGAACUGUAUUCAAGAGUUCUGGGAUGGAGAGGAUCGUAAGUUCAUCCACAGCUGCCCUCAGUGCAGGCAAACCUUUAGACCGAGGCCUGUCCUGCUGAAAAACACCAUGUUAGCAGAUUUAGUGGAGAAACUGAAGAAGACUGGACUCCAAGCUGCUUCUGCCGAUCACUGCUCUGCUGGACCUAGAGAUGUGGCCUGCGAUGUCUGCACUGGGAGAAAACGGAGAGCCCUCAAGUCCUGUCUGGUGUGUCUGGUCUCUUUCUGCGAGGAACACCUUCAGCCUCAUUACGACUCCCCCGCGUUUGAAAAACACAAGCUGGUGGAGCCGUCCAAGAAGCUCCAGGAGAACAUCUGCUCUCGUCACGAUGAGGUGAUGAAGAUUUUCUGCCGUACUGAUCAGCAGUGUAUCUGUUCUCUCUGCUUAAUGGAUGAACACAAAGGCCACGACACAGUCUCAGCUGCGGCAGAAAGGACUGAGAGGCAGAACAAGCUCGAGGGGAGUCGACUGAACAUCCAGCAGAGUAUCCAGGACAGAGAGAAAGAUGUGAGGCUGCUUCAACAGCAGGCGGAGGCCAUCAAUCGCUCUGCUGAUCAAGCAGUGGAGGACAGCGAGAAGAUCUUCACUGAGCUGAUCCGUCUCCUGGAGAAAAGAAGCUCUGAUGUGGAGCAGCAGGUCAGAUCCCAGCAGAAGAGUGAAUUGAGUCGAGUCAGAGAGCUUCAGGAGAAGCUGGAGCAGGAGAUCGCUGAGCUGAAGAGGAAAGACGCUGAGCUGAAGAAGCUCUCGCACACAGAGGAUCACAACCAGUUUCUACACAACUACCCCUCGCUGCCACCGCUCAGCCAAUCAACAUCCAGCAUCCACAUCCGUCCUCGGCGCUACUUUAUGGACGUGACAGCGGCAGUGUCAGAAGUCAGAGAUAAACUACAGCACAUUUUAAACGAGAAAAGGACAAACGUCUCACUGACGGGGACCGAAGUGCAUGUUUCAACCACAAAUCCACAACCGGAGCCCAAGACCAGAGCCGAAUUCUUAAAAUAUUCACGUGACAUCACACUGGAUCCAAACACAGCAAACCCACAGCUGUUAUUAUCAGAGGGCAACAGAAAAGCAACAGUAAUGAGAGAACAGCAGCCUUAUUCUAGUCACCCAGGCAGAUUCACUGGAUGCCAUCAGGUCCUGAGUAGAGAGAGUCUGACUGGACGUUGUUACUGGGAGUGGGAGUGGAGAGGGAGAGGAGUUGACGUAGCGGUCGCAUACAAGAGCAUCAGCAGAGCAGGGAGGCCGAACGAAUGUGGAUUUGGAUUCAAUGACAAAUCUUGGGCGCUCGAGUGUCAGAGUAACACUUUUAUCUUUCGCUACAACAAAGUCCACACUCGCGUCCCGGGUCCGGAGUCCUCCCGAGUAGGAGUGUACCUGGAUCACAGUGCAGGGGUUCUGUCCUUCUACAGCGUCUCUGAAACCAUGACUCUCCUCCACAGAGUCCAGACCACAUUCACCCAGCCGCUCUAUGCUGGACUUGGGCCUUAUCCUGUUGGAGCCACUGCUGAGUUGUGUAAACUCAAAUAGAGGGUUAAACGUUUUUCAACGUUUUGGUCGUCUUUUUCGACACUUUUGUGGCUUUUCCCGAUGUUUUUGUCACUUCUUUUCAACGUUUUUGUUGACUUCUUCUGUGCCGGUUUAAAGUUUUUAGGAGCUUUUUCCCCCCAAGUUUUUUUUUGUUGCUUUUUCCGACAUUUAUGUCACUUUUUUCAACGUUCAUCAAUUUUUUUUCAAAUGCUAACAAAUUGAAUAAAACACCCAAAUUCAAUGAAAGUAGUGAAUUGAUCAUUUAUUUUACUCGUGAAGAGCGUUCAUCCACGUUACUUUUUUUUGAAAAUUUGGUUGAAAGAAACCCAAAUUUCUGAUAGGCCUAUAGAAACUUUUUGAAAAUAGGUCACAUUUGAACUUAUUUUGAACUUACUUGACUUAUUUAGUCUCCAUGUUUGUUGCUGAGAGCUGAUUGUUGUGGCGUGUCUUCACUGCACAGAGAUCAGCUGUCAAUCAAACAUGCUUGGUGUUACUUUGGCAUCUUGUCAUUAGUUGUUGUGUGAAUGUUUGAGUUCAUUUUAGGUGCUCCUUGCUGUGUCUGUUUAGCCAUGGAGGCUAUCACUGCUCGUAAUGAAGGUUGUUGUCUCUUCGACUACACAGGUCUUAGGAGAAAAAGCACUAGACUCCUUUAUCGUAGAUAUUUAGUUCUCACCAUGUUUUUAAUAAAAAAAAAAAAGAAAUUCAAUAAAACAUUUGCAUUUAUUUGUGUAUCAGGAUUACUAUGGUAAUAAUCAAUAAUGAGCUCAAUUAUUGUUAUUUUUUUUGAAUCUGUACAUGAAAUAAUUUAAGAAGUAGAAGUCAAUGAACAGACUUUAACAAUGGGAUGUGUGAACAAACUGACGGUUAACAUGAUGAAUAAACCAACGUGAACACAG